AUGGGUGUGUGUGUCACCGCUUGGAUUUCGUUUGUCGACAUUGCAGAUAUGAAAGCAACACGUCUUUUUGCCCUUCGAAAUCUUUUUCAUGCGCGAACACCAUGUCGAGCAAACAGCGUACUUAGUCAAGAACCAUCGGGACCAACGAUGAAAACGACAAUUCCCGGUCCAAGGUCACAGCAAUUCACGCAUGAACUUGAGAAGACACAAAACGCUUUGAGCACUAUUUUUGUUCUUGAUGUUGAUAAAUCCGUUGGUAAUUACGCUGUUGAUAUUGAUGGCAACGUUAUGUUGGAUGUUUACGGGCAAAUUGCUUCUUUGCCGUUAGGUUACAAUCAUCCAGCUAUUCAAAAAGUUUUUCAAGAUCCGAAAAAUCUUAGUCAACUUGUUAAUCGGCCGGCACUUGGUGUUCAUCCUACACCGCAAUUUAUCAAACAGAUAGAUCAAACACUUCUACCAAUUGCACCUAAGGGAUUAGAAUAUGUUCAACCAAUGAUGUGCGGUUCAUGUUCAAAUGAAAACGCAUUGAAAGCGAUUUGUAUCUGGUAUGCCACCAAACAGCGUGGUGGCAAACCAUUUACAGAUGAAGAAUUAACAUCAUCGAUGAUUAACAAAGCACCGGGCUGUCCCCAAGUUAGUAUAAUGUCGUUCGAAGGAGCUUUCCACGGAAGAACAUUCGGAGCACUUUCAUGCACGCAUUCGAAGCCCAUACAUAAACUCGACAUUCCAAGUUUUGAUUGGCCCAUCGCGCCCUUUCCAAGAUAUAAAUAUCCUUUACAAGAACAUGAACGUGAAAAUAAGAAAGAAGAUGGGAGAUGUUUAGCACGCAUUGAAGAACUGUUUCACGAAUACAAAUCCAAAAACAGCCCAGUUGCGGGUGUUAUUGUGGAACCAAUUCAAAGUGAAGGCGGAGACUAUCACGGUAGUCCGGCAUUCUUUCAAAGACUGCAAAAAAUAACAAAAGCUAAUGGAGCAGGGCUAUUAAUUGAUGAAGUUCAAACAGGUCUUGGUGCAACAGGAAAAUUCUGGGCAUACGAACAUUUCAAUUUACCUGAGCCACCCGAUGUGGUGGCAUUCUCGAAAAAAUUUCAAACAGGUGGUUACUUUGCCAAAGCAGAUUUUCAACCAAAACAGCCUUAUCGUAUAUUCAAUACCUGGAUGGGUGAACCGGCAAAAUUAUUGGUUGUAGACGCUACAUUGAAAACGGUCAAAGCAGAAAAUUUAGUUGAAAAUACACGAAAAACUGGCGACAUACUUUUGAAAGGUCUCGAAGAUAUUAGUAGAAAACACUCGAAAUUAAUUCAGAAUGUUCGCGGCCGUGGAACAUUCUGCGCAUUCGAUAUGCCUGAUGCAUCGACACGUGAUAAAUUCAUUGGUCAAAUGCGCAAUGCUGGUAUACAAAUGGGAACCUGUGGUGAUGUGACCGUUCGUUUCCGUCCGGCAUUGAUAUUCGCUGAUCGACACGCUCAUAUUGUUCUUGACAAGAUGAACGAAGUUGCAAAGAAAUUUUAA